CAACAUCAGCUGUUGCUGGACCUUGACUGUGUGAUGAUGAGGAGGAGGAUGCUGCUGAUGAUGAUGAUGAUGAUGAGGAGGAGGAUGAGGAGGAUGAGGAUGAUGGCUGCGCUGCAGUGAAACGGCGGAGCCAGUCGCGUCCACGCGUCAGCCGGGCACCAUGAACCCCGGGAGCCGGAGGCUGAAGUUUGUGAUUCUGACGGCGCUUCAGGCUUUGGCUGUCUCCCUGUCGGCGUGUGGCAGCAGCGUGCCCUCCACGUCUGCACAAGGGAGUCCUUCGAGCGCGGAGCGGCGACACUAUGGGACGACUGUGCCUCUGCAGCUUGUCGGACACGACUGGAAGCCAGUCAGCCGGCUCGGACCUCAGAGUCGCCCUGCAUCACUGAGGCUCCUGAUUGAAGUGGAAGGUGAGCAGCUGCUCUUGGCGCUGGAGAAAAAUGAGGGGCUGUUUGGAAGUACCUAUACAGAAACCCAUUACCUGGAGGACGGCAGCGCGGUCACAGGCUCUCACAACUUCACGGCGAACUGCUACUACCACGGCGAGGUGGAGGGUCGCGCCCACUCGGACGUCAGCCUCAGCACCUGUGCCGGGAUUAAGGGAUUCAUAUCUUUUGAAGACAAAUCCUAUGUACUGGAACCGUCCAAUGAUCACUACGAUGGGACUCACUGGAUCUACGCAGCCGAACACCUCAAUAUUGCCCCUGGCACCUGUGGCCACGAUUUCAACAUAUCUUACCCCAUAGGACACGCAGGAAGCAGUCCCUUCAGGACUUUCAGCACUAGGCACAAGCGCCACGCCCAGACGACGACCAAGUAUGUGGAGCUGAUCAUCGUGGCUGACAACAGGGAGUUUCAGAAGCAAGGCAAGGACAUGGAGAGGGUCAAGCAGCGGCUGGCUGAGAUCGCCAAUUACGUGGACAAGUUCUACAGGGCUCUGAAUAUCCGAGUGGCCCUGGUGGGCCUGGAGGUGUGGAGCGACGUGGACAAGUGUCCCGUCACCCAGGACCCGUUCACAACCCUGCACGAGUUCCUCGACUGGAGGAAGGUCAAGCUGCUGCCUCAGAAGCCGCAUGACAACGCCCAGCUGAUCAGUGGGGUGUAUUUCCAGGGCACCACCAUUGGUAUGGCACCCAUCAUGAGUAUGUGCACAGCCGACCAAUCGGGAGGAAUCGUCAUGGACCAUUCAGACAACCCCCUGGGCGCUGCAGUUACUCUGGCCCAUGAGCUCGGACACAACUUUGGAAUGAACCAUGACACGCCAGAGAGGGGCUGUGGCUGCAGGGUGACGGUGGAUCGCGGCGGCUGCAUCAUGACCCCCUCCACCGGGUAUCCGUUCCCCACGGUGUUCAGCAGCUGCAGCAAGAAGGACCUGGCGGCCAGCUUUGAGAAGGGCGUCGGGAUGUGCCUGUUUAACAUGCCGGAGGUCAAGGUGCUCUACGGCGGGCAGAAAUGUGGCAACGGCUACGUGGAGGAGGGGGAGGAGUGUGACUGCGGGGAACUGGAGGAGUGUAUGAAUCCCUGCUGUAACGCUACCACCUGCACUCUGAAGGGGGACGCUGUCUGUGCACACGGACAGUGCUGCCAGGACUGUCAGCUGAAGCCAGCCGGCACUCCAUGCCGUGAAUCCGGCAACUCUUGUGACCUGCCCGAGUUCUGCACCGGCGGCAGCCCCCACUGCCCCUCCAACGUCUACCUGCACGACGGCCACGCCUGCCACAACGUGGACGGCCAAUGCUACAACGGCAUCUGCCAAACUCACGAGCAGCAGUGCAUCACACUGUGGGGGCAAGGGGCCAAGCCAGCGCCGGGCAUCUGCUUUGAAAAGGUCAACUCCGCGGGAGACCCUUACGGCAACUGUGGCAAGGACUCCAAAGGCUCCUUUGCCAAAUGCGAAGCGCGAGAUGCUAAGUGUGGCAAAAUCCAGUGUCAAGGAGGAGCUAACCGCCCAGUAAUUGGCACCAAUGCUGUUUCCAUAGAGACAAACAUACCCUUGCAGGGAGGGGGAAGGAUACUGUGCCGAGGUACGCACGUCUACUUGGGGGAUGACAUGCCCGACCCCGGCCUGGUCCUGACGGGCACCAAGUGUGGAGAUGGGAGGAUGUGUCUGAAUCGUCAGUGCCAGAACGUCAGUGUGUUCGGUGUGCUCGCGUGUUCAGCCAAGUGCAGUGGUCGAGGGGUCUGCAACAACAACAAGAACUGCCACUGUGAGGCUCACUGGGCGCCUCCGUUCUGCGACAAGGCGGGUUUCGGAGGGAGCGUGGACAGUGGCCCCGUCAGGUUGGCAGACAGCGGGAGUCUAACGGUGUGCAUCCUGGUGGCUCUCCUCACUGUGCUGGGCGCCGGUCUGAUCAUCUGCAUCAAGAGAAAACCUCUCCUGGGCCUGCUCCUCACCAGUAAAAAGAACCCCAUCGAGAAGCUCAGAUCAGUCAGUGCAACGGUCAGCGGAUCCCCCGCUCCGAACCAGCCUCCGUCAGCGAGCGCAACAUCUGCAUCUGCAUCUGCAUCUGCAUCUGCCCCGCCUCUGCCACACGGUGCCGCCGUCUUCAAGCCUCCUCAUCGGGGGCCGGAGGCGGCGCGCGCACCAGCACCCUUCCCGUCCCACGGCCUGCGCCGGCUGCCCCAGUGCCCUCCCGUUCACCUCAGCCACCCCGUCGCCCUGUCUCUCGCCGUGUCGCUGUCCCCCGGCGCUGCGCAGCUGAGACCCCUGGCGCCCCCGACUCACCGGGCCCCUCCACCACAUGUCCAUGCCGCGCCCAGGGGGGCGUCGUUUCGCACCGCGCCGCGCCACAACUCCACGAGGACGGUCAUGGAGUUGGAGAAGCCCAGUCCUCCGCAGAAGCCCCUUCCCGCUGAUCCGCGGAGCUCUCGUCUGGUCAGGAGUCCUUCGGUCGUGCACGCGGGCCGCACCGUUGUCCAAGGGCCCUCCGCUGUUUGCAGCCCUGCACCAAAACCCGGUGUGCCCAGACCUGUGCGCCCUGUCCCACACCCCAAACGACCCAGUACCAGUCCCAAGCAACCUCCAACUCUACCAAAGCCUUGCAUAAUUGCCAACGUGAAAUACAGAAGCUGAGACUUUGGCCGAAAAAGGGACAUUGUUGUGAUUAAGACACAAAAGAAAUUGCACUAUGGAAGCUCUGAAAAACCUUAAAAAAAAAAUUUAAAAAAAGAAGAAGAAGAAGAAGAUGGUGGCAUCCCUGAGUUUUGACGCAGGAGAUCUGCCGUGUCCCUUUGGUGCUCUGUCUCUGAAUGGUGCUACGAGUCUGUGCUCAGGUACAUGUAAAGUAUUUAUAUUCUGUAUUUAUUGCCACGCAGUGCACUGUGCCAGACACUUUUAUUACAUGGUAGCAAUUUAGACAUUUUUGAUUUGUUGUUUGCAUCAAUUUCACAGUUGUUGGUUUUUUUUUCUCCCUCAUAUCAACUGAUCUUAAUUAAGGAGAGUGAUAGAACCUUUUUUUUUCUUUUUCUCAAAGCCAAUCUGUGAAAUUGUGAUCGCAGAAUGUGAUGUGUUUUAACGAAGGGAACCCGUUACCUGGUUUGUUUGAUUCCGUGUGCAACAGGAAGAGUUAUAGUGCAAUGACGGAUGAGAGCAGAGAAAAAAAACGCAGAGAACACUUCUGGUUCAUUUGCGGCUCGGUGGGGGUUUUGUUUUUUUUCCUUCUUGAAGAUUUGAAAUGCUUUCUCCGUAGCAGCCUGGAGCUCCAGGCUGAAAAAAAGGGGCUUUGCCACAACCGCCGAAAAAGAACACGCGGUUAAACAACUGGAACACUGUGUGAGGAAUUCGCGGGGCCCGAGAGCGUAGCCGAGUUCGUCCACAUCGCAGGAGAGGAGACAAGUCGGAUUGUGAAAUGUCACCGAUUUGCCGUUUCACUUUGCCAUUCGACGAGACCCGAGGAGCUCCCUCGAAGGAUCUGGGUACGGAGGAGGCGUGAACUGAGCGCCGAUCUAGAAACGAGCCGAGAUGGAGCAGGCAGUCGCACAUCUGAAAUACCGCUCCGCUUAAAGGUCGGGCGCGUUGAAUAUCUCCCCCCACGUCCGUCUCCGCGGAGGAUUGAGUCACGGCACCGCUGAGGACUGUCGUGAAGCUGUGGCCACGGUGUGAAUGUUUUUUCCGGUGAGGGGGAAUGGACAGAUUCACCCGACAAUGACACACGGCUACAUCUUUUGAACGUCCGCAUCCAAAUCACCGCCUCACUUUUUUUUUUUUUUGACUUUGGCUUCGCUUUUUUCGAUUGGCUGUUUUAAAACCAAUCUCCACCCUAGAUACAAUAUCUAUGCGGUAAUGGAACAGCGUCGCAUUAUUUUUAACAGAUUUCAUCGUUUUGCUGGACUGCAACGCAGCGUAUAACCAUUCACAACAUUUCCUUUAGGCAAAGCUUUUCACAAUCAUAUAGACUGAAACUGACAUGGGCUGAACGUUGGACUUUUGUUUUUAGAAAACUUUUGAUACUGUUGUAUUUUUAAUAAUGCACUAGAUUUUAACAUUGCAUUGCUUUGUUUACUUUGCUUUUUUCCGUGCUACGUGUCCAUGUACUAAUUGAGUCCAGUCACCGGACGUUGCGUUCAUGUCCAUGAAUGUCUCUCGUACGGCGUUUUUACAAGUGAACACGUUUUACAUAGAGAAUGCUUCUUUUUUUUUUUUUAAUGACGACUGUUUGAUAUGAUCAUGUGUUAAGAAAACGCUUCAAAUGUCGGUGUCUGAUCAUGGUAUUUUGAACACUCGAGCAGUAUUAGUAAAAACUGUUUUUUCAAACACAGAA